AUGGUGCAUGAAAAGGUUGAGGAGUGGCAAUUACUGGCGUUUGGCAAAAUCAAUAAUUAUUUUGAAAGGAACUUGGUUUGCGAGAGGGUAUCGGGAGAUUUGCCUGUUUGUAUUGUGCUUGUGAAGCAAACCCUGAAUGGUACCGUGAUAGUACGCGCAGACUGCAAGUAUCCCCAGCCUUUCUGGCCACUAACAUACCCGGAAGCUCGAAGAGUGAUUGCUCCGUACAGUGCGAGCCGAGAAUGCGAAGAAGCUGCCAUGGUCGAAAGUGAUGCCAAAUUGCAAGCAUACAAUGAAUUUUGCAAACGCAUCGACGACUAUCAGGACUACUAUAAUGUAAGCUACGCUAGAAGGACAUUUGCAUACGGAUUCGUCAGUUGUGCGGAAGAACGUCAGGAAAAGCUGUCUGCCAUAGCAUGCUGGUACACAAAGUUGCAUCCUGAAUGGUACUAUGCUCAGGUUCAUGUUGCUAUGGGCAAUUUGAUGUUUGUUCAGCACUAG